GGGGCUGGCCAGGCUAUGGACGCCGAUCGUGUGGGUUAUUCCAAUGUGGACGCGAAAGCGAAAUCCAAGGCUUUAGGGAAUUCCACCGUUGCCCAAGCUUCCGAUCAUGGCGGCGUAGGCGGUGGUCGUAGCAAUUCCGUCAGGAAAAAGGGAUCGGUUUCGAUUGAUCAUGUCCUCCUUGCUUUACGUGAAACCAAAGACGAGAGAGAUCUUCGAAUUCGUAGCCUCUUCAAUUUUUUCGAUGCUGCCAAUAAUGGGUAUCUGGAUUAUGUUCAGAUUGAGGCUGGCCUGUCUGCCCUACAGAUUCCGUCUGAGUAUAAGUAUGCUAAGGAUCUCUUUAAGGUCUGCGAUGCCAACAGAGAUGGCAGAAUUGAUUAUCAUGAGUUCCGACGAUACAUGGAUGAUAAGGAAUUAGAACUUUACCGCAUCUUUCAAGCUAUUGAUGUUGAACACAAUGGCUGCAUUCUUCCAGAAGAGCUUUGGGAUGCGCUUGUUAAGGCUGGGAUCCAGAUUGAUGAUGAGGAACUUGCCCGCUUUGUGGAGCAUGUUGAUAAAGAUAAUAACGGAAUUAUCACUUUUGAAGAAUGGAGAGAUUUUCUUCUACUCUAUCCUCAUGAAGCAACUAUUGAAAAUAUAUAUCACCACUGGGAGAGGGUAUACCUUGUAGACAUUGGAGAACAGGCUGUCAUUCCAGAAGGUAUCAGCAAGCAUGUGAACCAAAGCAAAUACUUCAUUGCAGGGGGAAUAGCUGGAGCUGCUUCUCGUACUGCAACCGCUCCUCUCGAUCGCCUAAAGGUCGCACUACAAGUACAGACAUCAAAUGCUUCGAUUAUGCCAGCAAUAAAGAAGAUAUGGCAGCAGGAUGGUUUAUUAGGGUUUUUCCGAGGUAAUGGAUUAAAUGUUGUCAAGGUAGCACCAGAAAGCGCCAUCAAAUUUUAUGCAUAUGAAAAGUUGAAAAAUGUAGUGAAGGAUGCUCAAGGGCACACGGAUAUUGAUACCCCUGGGAGGUUGUUUGCUGGUGGUAUGGCUGGGGCAGUUGCACAGGCUGCUAUCUAUCCAAUGGAUCUUGUUAAAACUAGGUUACAGACUUUUGCUUCUGAAGGUGGAAAGGCUCCUAAUCUUGGAACACUGACAAAAGAUAUAUGGGUUCAAGAGGGGCCUCGGGCUUUCUACAGAGGACUCCUUCCGUCUCUUCUUGGUAUAAUUCCUUAUGCUGGCAUUGAUCUCACUGCAUAUGAGACCUUGAAAGACAUAUCUAAGAGAUAUAUUCUUCAAGAUAGUGAACCUGGUCCUUUGAUACAACUGGGAUGUGGAACAAUUUCUGGAGCUCUUGGAGCUACUUGUGUAUAUCCUCUACAGGUUAUCCGUACCAGAUUGCAGGCACAGCGGGCUAACACGUCAGCUGCUUACAAGGGAAUGUCUGAUGCGUUUUGGAGAACUUUUCAGAAUGAAGGUUUUAAAGGCUUCUAUAAGGGUCUCCUUCCUAAUCUUCUCAAAGUUGUUCCUGCCGCAAGCAUUACUUACUUGGUCUAUGAAAGUAUGAACAAGAGACUAGAUUUGAAUUAGAACUGUUAUGGUUAUUUAUGGCCUGAGGCCACUGAGCUAAUCUCAAUAUUAGGAAGAGUUGCAAUCGUUACAGUAAAUUUCCCCAUAGAUAUCUUAAAUCACAAUUUUGUAGCCGGAAAAUUUUGGCCCAUAUUUACCUGAGCUAGAAGUUGAGUGCGAAAUCAGGGUCAUAUCAUGCCCUUUGAUGUUUGAUACAUGAUUUUUUUUCCUUUCUCUGGUUAUGCCAUUAAAAAAAAAAAAGGUCAGAUUGUGCUUCAUCUCUCCUUACCUCUAGUUAUCGUCAUGAAUAUUUAUGAGUGAAUGAGAUUGAUAGA